GCAGACGUUUUCCUAAUCCUGGUCUUCGUUUGGUCUGUUGGCACUCUCUCUGAUAUUGCGGAGAGCCCCGGGCCUGCGGGGGAAGGAGGAGGAGGAGAAGGAAAUUGCCUGAAUCCCUGCAGGUGUUGAUGCCCUGUGCGCGGAUCCAUCUCAGAAGCCAGAGUCUUUAGGAAGUGAGACUCUGUCAUGCUCUUGUCAUUCAAAAGGGCGCGGUACUUUUCGGAGCAAAAGAGUUAUCGACACCGAAUUCCUGCAUAUCAGUGUGAAGUAAAGGCGAGAUUGCCCCGCGGCCCGCGGAAGGGUGGUGAUGGCUUAGGACCUUACCACAACUCGGGACCCUCUUUGACUCUCCAGCAGUUGUCCAGGUCGGUGGAUCUUGCUGCUGAAGACCAGUCUGACCCUAGGAGCAAAGGAGGAGAGGAAAAGUUUCCAGAACCAAGUCUGUGGGAGCUUGGAAAGAGGAAGAAGGAACUGCUUGGAUUUCUGAGGGUCUACGUGAGGUCUCCCCUGCAUUAGGACAUCUGGAAGGGUUUCACCGAGUCUGCUGUUGUAGCUGCUCCUGCCUGUGACAGCUGGAGACUCUGCCCCUGACCUGGGAGUAAUCUGGACCAGAGCAAGCCAGCUCUGUGCCCAGGUUAAGGGACUCAGACCAGCUAUACCAUGGGCCGCACUCGGGAAGCUGGAUGUGUGGCUGCUGGCAUGGUCAUCGGGGCUGGUGCUUGUUACUGUGUGUACAGACUUACCUGGGGAAAAGAUGAGAAUGAGAGAAUGUGGGAUGAUGAAGAUGAGGAAGAAGAACUGGAGGAGGAGGAAGAGGAAGAGGAGGAAGAACCCUCCAGUAGUGACACAUCAGAAAUUGGGGGCGAGACUGAAAAAGAAGUUAAGACUAAUGUUGGGGUAGGGGCAGGAACCAAACCUCAAGAUGACUCAAAGGCCAAAGCUGAAGUGAGCUUGAGGCUUGAGAGUAGUUCAGUUGCAAAGAAGGAAGUUCACUCAGAAUCCCAGAGUGGAGGUGGCCUAGAGGCUAAGGCCAAGGCCCUCUUCAGCAUCCUAAAGGCACAGGCAAGUGCAAAGGCAAGCAGAGGGGUCAGGGUUGGUAGCAUCUCUGGGAAUAGAACACUGGCACCAAGUUUGCCUUGUCCAGGAGGCAGGGGUGGAGGCUGCCACCCUGCCAAGAGUGGAUCUAGGGCUGGGAGCAAGGCACGUGGAAAAUCCAAGGGAAAGACCCGAAAUAAAAGCAGCAAGGCUCCAGCUUCAGCAUGGCCUGUACGCAGGGGCAAGUUCAACUUUCCUUAUAAAAUUGAUGACAUUCUGAGUGCUCCUGACCUGCAGAAGGUCCUUAACAUCCUGGAGAGAACAAAUGAUCCUUUUACUCAGGAAGUAGCAUUGGUCACACUGGGUAACAAUGCAGCAUAUUCAUUUAAUCAAAAUGCCAUACGUGAAUUGGGUGGUGUCCCAAUUAUUGCAAAACUGAUAAAAACAAAAGAUCCCAUCAUUAGAGAAAAGACUUACAAUGCCCUUAAUAACUUGAGUGUUAAUUCUGAGAAUCAGGGUAAGAUUAAGACGUAUAUCAGUCAAGUGUGUGAUGAUACUAUGAUCUGUCGCUUGGAUUCAGCUGUACAAAUGGCUGGACUCAGACUGUUAACCAACAUGACCGUUACUAAUCAUUACCAACAUUUACUUUCCUAUUCUUUUCCAGACUUUUUUGCUUUGUUAUUCCUGGGAAAUCACUUUACUAAGAUACAGACUAUGAAACUAAUUAUCAACUUUACUGAAAAUCCAGCCAUGACAAGAGAGCUGGUCAGUUGUAAAGUACCAUCAGAAUUGAUUUCCCUCUUUAAUAAAGGAUGGGAUAGAGAGAUUCUUCUUAACAUUCUUACCCUCUUUGAAAAUAUAAAUGACAACAUAAAAAGUGAAGGGCUUGCAUCAUCCAGGAAAGAAUUCAGCAGAAGUUCACUAUUUUUCUUAUUCAAAGAAUCUGGAGUAUGUGUUAAGAAAAUCAGAGCAUUAGCAAAUCACAGUGACCUGGUGGUGAAAGUGAAAGUCCUAAAAGUACUAACCAAACUGUAAUUUGAGAUCUUUCCCAAGCAAUACUGAAGUCUUGUUUUUUUAGUUUGCACGUGGGAACAAUGUGUUUGGCAAAUUCGUUGGUUUUCACUGUGCUUAUGUGGCAAAGAGGUCUUUUGGCUGCUAUUUAGGAAUAAUAAAUAUCACAGAUUAUAAGCAGGGAUUGAUCCUGGCUUUAGACUGAGCCAUUUUAAAGAUGCCAAAUAUAUAUUACUGCUUGCACAAAGAAAACAUUUAUUGAUUUAUUACCUAGAUUGAGAUAUUUUUACUCUUUAUCUAAACAGUGAAAUAAUUAUACAUCGUGAAUAAGCUAUACUUUUGUAUUGAUUUGCAUUUAUUAAUCUAAGACAGGUGUUUUAUCAAUAAAGUUGAGUUUAAGCAGCA